AUGGUCUCUUUUCGUUUAGGGAAGGGACCUGCCCCUCCGCCGACCGUAUCGACCGAUACGAUCAUUCCCUUCCAUUAUUGGGAUGAUGACCACCACACACGAGGCCUUUCCUUCGACGUUACUUUCCGCUUCGAUGACAUCUUGGACCCUGAGAAGCUUCGACGUGCCCUCUCUCGGCUGCUAGAAUUAGGAGGCUGGCGGAAACUCGGUGCUCGAAUCCGCCGGAAUGCAGAAGCGGGACUAGAAUAUCAUGUUCCACAAUGUUACGACGAGAAGCGCCCUGGCUUCGCAUACUCCACCGUCGCGUUUGACAUGAAAGUGGUGGAUCAUCCUCAAGCAUCGCAUUUAGCCCAGCCUCAUCACCUGGAUGCCGCUGGUCGCCCGUCUGUACUGGGCACUACCUAUACAUCCAUGCCCGAGUUCAGAUCCUUUAUCCGGACUCCCGCUUUUCCCGACCGCCUGGAAGGUUGGCUUUGUUCAGACAGCCCCCAGCUAGGGGUUCGCAUUAUCACAUUCCAAGACGCCACCCUGGUUACCGUCUCGUUCCUCCAUAGCUUGAUGGACAUGAUGGGACUUGAUGCUGUCUUGGACGCCUGGGCUGCGGUGCUGCGCGGACGAGAAGAUGAAGUGAAGCCCUUUGUGGGAUUUUCCGACGAUCCAUUGGCUGGCCUCUCUGAGUCGAAGUCGGAACCGCUGCAAAAAUACGUGUUCACCGACACGCUGCUCGUCGGGUGGGCAUGGUUCUGGUUUGCAGUGCGGUAUGUUCUGACGGUGGAGCUGUUUUGGCAGCGCCGGGAGGAGGAACGGGUCAUUUUCUUGCCAGCAAAAUACCUGCACCAGAUGCGAGAUAAGGCGAUGGGGGAGCUCGCAGCGCGCGAUGACGGCGACAGCGGCAAACCCCUUUUCGUUAGCGAGGGAGACAUUCUAUUUGCCUGGUGGACGCGAGUCGUCCUCCGAGCCGAAAGACCUCGCCCCAGCCGCACGGUGAACAUGCGCAACACAUACUGCUGCCGGUCAAUCUUAGCAGACCUUGGCCACAUCCCAUCCGCUACCUGUGCCUUGGUCACUAAUGCCGUCUUCGCAACCUUGACAUUCCUUUCCGUUCGCCAGAUCCUCGAAAGUCCUCUAAGCUUCACCGCAUCGGAAAUCCGCCGGUCUCUUAUACAGCAGCGGAACGUCGAACAACUCCAAGCACUGGACACUAUCCAACGAAAUACUCUGGACAAUGCACAUCACCCAGCCCUAUUCGGAAAUUCUAGUAUGUACACGGUAAUGAUAUCCAAUUGGGUCAAAGCAAAACUGUUUGAAGUUGACUUUUCUGCUGCCGUCGAAAGAGAGGGACUGGCACUGAACAAGCGAAGCAAUCAGCUGGGCAGACCAUCUUGUAUCCAAGGAACUGGGACCAAAGGCUAUGCCACGCGAAACACAGGCGUGGUGAUUGGAAAGGACGCUGCUGGGAACUUUUGGUUGUUGUACAGUCUGCGGAAAGGAGUCUGGUCGGCUGUAGAGCAACAGCUCCUGUCCAUGGCUGAUGAAGAUGCCACAUUGUCAUCGAAGAAAUAUAUAUAG